AUAUGAAUAGAUAGAAUGACAGACAGAUAGAUAUAUUGGUCAGUAGGUAGAUAGAUAGGACAGCUAGAUAGAUAGAUAAAUAAAUAGCUGCAUACAUUGCCACACACACACACACACACAGAGAGAGAGAGAGAGAGAGAUGACGAGUCAGUCUCUCUCACUCCCUAGGAAGCGGAGCAGCAGUGACACUUGUGCGAGUGGUACAGUUGCCAGUGCAGGUGGACUGGGAUUACCAUCAGUAGCAGGAGCAGGAGGAUUAGGCAUGUUAGGAGUAGUAGGGUUUGGAGGAGGAGGAGGAGGAGUAGGAGUAGGAGUAGGAGUGGUAGAGGAAGAUAACGACGGGGAGCACGAGAGCUGUGAGCAUCUCCGCGAUUUCAAGGAGAAGUAUGGCGUUCGUAUAUUUCGUGUCUUUCAGCAAUGUCUUCGUCCUGGUCCCGGCGGGCGCGCGUGUAUUGCCAGAGAGAAGACGGAAAUCCCCUCGUGCGCUUUCUGUGGCAGAGGUUUUGGACGUUUGUAUGCAUGUCUCGCCUGCGCUAGCAUCGGGUGCUGGACCCAGGAGGCGCAGCAUGCCCGCAUACACGCGGUGCGAUCCGGACACGCCGUUGCCGUUGAUGUAGAGCGUGCCGAGCUCUUCUGCUGUGCGUGCAAUGAUUACGUCUACGACGCGGACUUUGAUCGCGCUGUGCUUGGCGCGCAGGCCACCUGGACUCGUAUGGACCCAGCGGGCAUUUCUGCUGACGUCACCGCUCCUGCGCCCGAAGCACCGCCGCGCUCCGCUGCUGAUGGGCAUGCUUGCAGGCGGCGGCGCAGGCGGCAGCUGGUGGAUCCUGGUCAUGGCGAUGAUGAUGAUGAUGAUGAUUAUGAUGAUGAUGAUCAUCAUCAUCAUAAUUAUGAUGACGACGACGACGACGAUGAUGAUGAUGAUGACGAUGAUGAUGAUCAUGAUGAUGAGGAGGAAGAGGAAGAAGUGGACCCCCAACGAUCUCUGUCGGUAUCCCCACCCGCUCCUCGACCAGCCAAAAACCAAAAGCAAAAGCAGUCAUCAUCCCUUCUUCCCGCCAAAAGACUUGGCGGGAAAACUUCUUCCACAUCAUCUGACCCUUCCACAUCAGCGCCUGCUGCUGCUGGCACUGGCCCACUCUUGCGGGGAGGAGCUGCACUCGAUGGCUGUCUAAGAAAGAGAGCUCGUUGUGUCCGCUAUCGUCCGUGGAGACCCUCUCAAGGCGAGUUAUUACUAAUCAAGCAAUCUUCUUCUCCUCUCGUCCCAUUGGUCCAAGUUCCAUGUGGCCUACGUGGAUUGAAUAAUUUGGGAAACACGUGUUUUAUGAACUCCAUCCUUCAGGCUCUCUUACACACCCCGCCGCUUCGCAAUUACUUCCUCAGCGAUCGACAUAACAGGGCAGUUUGUCAGAGAAAGGCAACACACUUUUGCUUGGGAUGUGACAUGGAUAUGAUGUUCUCAGCUGCCUUCUCGGGGCAGAAAACGCCAUUCAGUCCAGCGCAGUUUCUGUACAGCUGGUGGAGACAUGCAGAGAAUCUGGCAGGUUAUGAGCAGCAGGAUGCGCACGAAUUCUUUAUAUCUACAGUGGAUGGAAUACAUGCCAACUCACAGUGCACCUCACCCCGGGGAAAAAACGGCGGAAGGUCAGGGGAUGCAGAUUGCCGCUGCAUUGUUCACCGUGUUUUCUCCGGUCUCCUGAGGUCUGAUGUGAUGUGCACAGUCUGUGGGUUUACAUCGACGACUUACGACCCCUGUGUUGAUGUUUCGCUGGAUUUAGAGCCUCCUGCGGAGACAGAGAGGGUGAACCAUGGGUAUGGUGCAUCUGGAACAGGUGGGCCAGGGGGGGCCGGGGGAAACGGUGGGAGUGGAAGAGAAGGGGCAGGUGGGGGGGGGGGGAACCUGCAGAGCAAAGCGCAAAUGGGUACAGGAACCCUUCUCGGCUGCUUGGAUAGAUUUACAAGGGCUGAGAAACUGGGAAUAAAUGAGAAGUUUUUCUGCCAACGAUGCAAAAUGCGUCAAGAGUCCAUCAAGCAGAUGUCAGUGAGGCGAUUGCCUCUGGUUCUCUGCUUCCAUAUCAAACGUUUCGAGCACUCCUCGACAAGGAAGACCUCUCGCAAAGUCGACCGCUACCUCCAGUUCCCGUUUAUGCUGGACAUGGCACCAUAUCUGUCAUCAACAAUUGUCCGCAUACGUCACGGAAACCGCAUUUGCAGGCCCUGCAGGGGCAAGAACUGUUCGGCGGGGAAAGGGGAUGUGCUAGGAAACAGCAACGAUGACGGAAAGGAGUACAUUGAUGUCUCUGCGCCUUGUGUUACAUCGAAGUACGAGUUGUUCGCUGUCGUGACACACUCAGGGAAAAUUGAUUCUGGUCAUUAUGUUGCGUACCUGAAGGUGGAUGGGCAAUGGUAUAAGUGUGACGACGCAUGGGUCACGCAUGUAGAUGAGAAUGUUGUCCGUGCUCAGCAGGGAUACAUGCUGUAUUACAUCAAGAAGACAUUCGGCUAUAAAGUCACAGAGUGGGUAUCAGAGGAUGACACAGUUGCCACAGACGGGAACUCUGACCUCGGUUCUUACAAGAGUGCGGACACCGUCUCCUAGGUGUGUUAUUGUAUCAGGAUUUUCUGCCAAACAGUGUCACAUAUAAUUCUUUUUUGGAGUUACUAAAUGGUGCCAAAUGGUGCCAAACGGUGCCAGACGGUGCCAAACGGUGCGAAACGGUGCCAAACGGUGCCAAAUGGCAUGCCAAACAGUGCGAAAUGACGUGCCAAAUGGUGCCAAAUGGUGCCAAACGGAGUUUAGACACGAGCUGCAUCAUAGUUUUGGAUGUAAACAUGAUUGUGGUUAGGCAGUAGAUUUGUAACUUCGUAUAUUAUAGUGUUGUUGGUUAAGACAAAGCCUUGUCAUUUUUCCUUUGCAGUCUCAUACUUUUGAGACGUAAUUGUCAUUGUCAUUGAUUGAAUUUACGCCCGUGGAUUUGCUGAUGGAAAUGUUGAGCUUUGGGUGGGGUGGGAGAUGCGAGUGUCAAGGCAUUCUGUAGCUUUUGGACUUUAGCGGGUCUGAAACGGUCAGACUACAUUUCAGGAGUUGCUUAGUUGACACACACAUUUGUCCUUGCGGAAGUAUCACACUGCUGAGGCCUACUAGCGUCUUCCCCCAAAUAGAAUGCGUCGGCAUCCUGACAUGUAUUGCGUGCAAGGUUAGGGCCGAAUGGCUAUGGGUUCUGUUUGGGGGAAGGUGGUAGUCUCACCAUUGACGAUGGAUGACCUUUGGCCGUUGGGAAAGGUCAGGAUUGCUUGGGGAAAGGUGGUAGUUUUGCCAGUGGCAAUGAUGACCUUUGGCUGUGGGAAAAAGUCAGGAUUGCUCAGGGAAAGGUGGUAGUCUAGCCACUGGUGAUGACCUUUGGCUGUAGGAAGGGCCAGGAUUGCUCGGGCGAAGAUGGUGGUCGAGCAACUGGUGAUGGCCUUUGGCCGUGGGAAGGGUCGGGAUGACUCUGUCAAUCCUCUGAUCGUGUGGGUGGGUCAGGCCACACCAGCGAAGUAUCUAACAGAUUUGCGGCCAAGGGCCAGCAACUAAUUUGCUUGUUGGUCUACCAUUCAAGAGAGAGAGAGAGAGAGAGAGAGAGAGAGAGAGAGAGAGAGGGAGAGGGAGGGAGGGAGGGAGGGAGGGAGGGAGGGAGGGAGGGAGGGAGCACGAGAGUAAGCCCCUCUUACAUGUUGAGAUUGUAGUGAUAUUACGUCAAGGUAUGAUUGAAUAAAGCGCAGUUGAAUCG